AAAUUGUUAUAUCAAUUUCGUUUUGCUUAGUAUUUCAUAGACACGAAAGCACGUUUUUGCUUAGUUUAUGAAAGGUGUAUAGCAUAAGGAAAGUGUUUGUAAUUUUAACAAUACAACAGAAAUAUGCGUCGGUUAAAAAAGUAUCAAACAGGCGAAGCAGCCCAGUACAUAACCCGUCGUGCUGCUCUUCGAAAAUUGCAACUUUCUUUGAAUGAUUUUCGACGACUCUGCAUAAUAAAAGGCGUUUAUCCACGUGAGCCGAAACAUCGUAGAAGAGCUCAAAAAGGUUCCUCUGAUAUCAAAAUCUUAUAUCAUGCAAAAGAUAUACGGUUUUUGCUGCAUGAACCUAUUGUGUGGACACUUCGUGAUUAUAAGAUUUUUGCUAAGAAGACCGGACGGGAUCGGGCUAUUAAGGAUUUUCGGAAUUUGAAACGAAGACUGGCGUUAUUUCCAGAGUUGAGAAUAGAUCAUAUAGUCAAGGAACGUUACCCAACAUUUAUUGACGCAAUUAAAGAUCUUGAUGAUUGCUUGACCCUGCUUUUCCUAUUUAGCACAUUUCCUUCACUACGUCUAAUUCCACGUGAGCAAUCAGCUCUUUGUCGACGACUGACAUUGGAAUUUUUACAUUAUAUCAUAAGCUCCAAGUCAAUACGAAAAGUUUUCAUAUCGAUAAAAGGAUUUUAUUUCCAAGCUGAUAUUAAAGGUCAAAUGGUAACUUGGAUAAUGCCUCAUCAUUAUCCGUUUAAGCCUCACUCCAAAGCAGAAGUGGACUUCAAAGUAAUGUCGAUCUUCGUGGAAUUUUAUACAAUAAUGCUUGGAUUUGUAAAUUAUCGCUUGUAUCAUAGUGCUGGCUAUACUUACCCACCCGAAAUUCAUUACGAAAAACAAGCUGAUCUUGAAGAUAAUUAUAAGGACGAGCUAUCAUAUGUGUCAGAUCGCAUUGCGGCACUCAAUUCCGAUUUGGAUUCCAAAACAAAUGAGCCCGAAGAAGAGAUUGAAGACAUUGAUCUGGAUUUAAUCGAGCAAGGUCAAAACUCGAAUCGGUUAAUCACGCUCAAGAAAAAAACACAAGAAUUAAAAAGAUUACGAACGCUUUUUAAAGGAUUGAAAUUUUAUAUAAAUAGAGAAGUACCUCGUGAGCCCUUGGUUAUAUUGAUUCGUUCAUUUGGCGGUAAAGUUUCGUGGGAUUCAACUGUAUUCACUGGAGCAACUUACGCCGAGACCGAUGAAAGUAUUACACAUCAAAUUGUAGACAGGCCAAUUUUAAGUGACAAGUACAUUUCUCGAGACUAUAUUCAACCUCAAUGGGUGUUUGAUUGUGUAAACCAACGGACGCUAAUUCCAACAAACAAAUAUUUCAUAGGCGCUACUUUGCCUCCCCACUUAUCUCCAUUUGUUGAUAGCAAACGUGAAUCGUAUAUACCACCCGAAGAAAGUGGUACCGGAAAUGAAUCUUCUUAUAACAAAGACGGUUCGAAGAGCGAUGAAAAUAUACUUGAUGCCCAACCAGAGGAGAUUCGAACUCUAGAUGAUCAGCAAUUGCAAGUAGCAUAUAUGGAGGAAAAGCUCGAGAUAGAAGGAGAUGGUUAUGUACAAAGCGAAGAUGAAAUAAACCCUGAGAAUGAUGAAGUUGCUCCAAAGGAAUUACAAAAAAGGGAUCAAGAAAAAUUGUCCAUGAGUGUGAAAGUCGGUAAAGUACACAAGGAAAAUAAAAGGCUAAAUCGCAAGAAUGAGUUAGAUGAGCAUCGACUACAGGCACGAAUGGUAAAACCUCGCCACCGUAAUCUGUUCAGAAAAUUAAUACGUGAAAAACAAGAUAAAGAAAAAGAAAAGUGGCUAUUAAAAAAGAAACGUCGUAUAAUUGAUGGCCAAAACAAGGAUAAUUGAUAACUAAAAUAAUUUUAUUUGCUAUACGUACAAUACAAAACACAUCCUUGUUCUAAGAAAAAUAUAGAAUUAAAAUCAAAA